CUCCCAUCUGUGUGUUUAUUCUCUUUACAGUGUAAGAAAGGCAGGCAACAGAGAAACAGGCUGUAUGAUGAGCUCAAGAGGGAUUUUUACAGAUGGGAUGCGCUCCCUGCAGGAGAUGUCAACCCUGUGACUUCCUUCGCUAAUGAUCCUCUCUGAUCUUUGACGUCCCCGCUCAGAGCACGCUUUCCCACCUGAGGAGUCUGUUUCCAGAGUUUCUUUCCCUUCGCAGACGGACCGAGUCAACUGGAGAAGAUGUCAGAGCUCAGCUCCAAAAAACAAGGAUUUAAAAAAUGCCGGAGUGCCACUUUCAGCAUUGACGGCUUCAGCUUUACUAUUGUGGCGAAUGAAACCGGAGAGAGCAGUGCAAGACCUCUGGCACGAUUCGCACGUUCCAAGUCCCAGAAUGCUUUGUGGAACGCCAUCACAGCAGGCAUCGGGAUCAAGGACAAGGACAAGCGGGGUAUCCUGAUUGACCCGCGGAGCCCGGAGGAGAUUCUAGCUGAUGACCUGCCCUCAGUCGACAGUCCUGAUGCUAUGGAGAAGACAGCCAUCAGGCUGAGAUGUUUGGUGAAACAGUUGGAGAGAGGUGAAGCUUCUGUUGUCGACUUAAAGAAAAACCUAGAAUAUGCUGCGUCCGUUUUGGAGUCUGUCUACAUUGAAGAAACAAGGCGGUUGGUGGACACAGAAGAUGAGCUCAGUGACAUCCAGUCCGACUCUGUUCCCUCAGAAGUGCGCGACUGGCUGGCGUCAACUUUCACACGUCAGAUGGGGCUGAUGUUGAGACGGUCGGAAGAGAAGCCACGUUUUCGCAGCAUCGUGCACGCGGUGCAAGCUGGAAUAUUUGUGGAAAGGAUGUACCGACGGACGUCCAACAUGGUUGGGCUGAGCUAUCCACCCACCGUGAUCACGGCCUUGAAGCAUGUGGACACGUGGUCGUUUGACGUCUUCACACUGAAUGAUGCCAGCGGAGAUCAUGCACUGAAAUUUAUUUUUUAUGAACUUCUCACCAGAUACGAUUUAAUCAAUCGCUUUAAGAUCCCCGUUUCUGCUCUGGUGUCUUUUGUGGAGGCCUUGGAGGUGGGCUACAGCAAGCACAGAAACCCUUACCACAACCUUAUCCACGCCGCAGACGUCACCCAGACAGUGCAUUACCUCCUGCUCAAGACCGGCAUGGUUCACUGGUUAACCGAGUUAGAGAUCUUCGCUAUGCUGUUUGCCGCUGCUGUGCACGAUUACGAACAUACUGGCACCACCAACAACUUCCACAUACAAACCAGAUCCGACUCAGCCAUACUAUACAAUGACCGUGCCGUACAGGAAAACCACCACGUUAGCGCUGCAUAUCGCCUCCUGCAGGAAGACGAUGAAAUGAACAUCCUCUACAAUUUGUCGAAAGAUGACUGGAGAGAAUUGCGUGCCCUGGUGGUCGAGAUGGUCCUGGCCACUGACAUGUCCUGUCACUUCCAGCAGAUUAAAGCCAUGAAGAACUUCCUCCAGCAGCCAGAAGCGAUUGAUAAACCCAAGGCCUUAUCCCUGUUACUGCACACCGCUGACAUCAGCCACCCUGCCAAAAACUGGAACAUGCACCACCGCUGGACCACCUCGCUGCUGGAGGAGUUCUUCAGACAGGGCGAUAAGGAGGCAGAGCUUGGACUUCCUUUCUCUCCUUUAUGCGAUCGCAAGUCUACCAUGGUGGCCCAGUCUCAGAUCGGUUUCAUUGAUUUCAUCGUGGAGCCCACCUUCACUGUGCUGACAGACAUGAUCGAGAAAAUCGUGACUCCGCUGAUCGAAGAAGCCUCACCCUCCGGCCUGGCUGGAUUCAGACGAUCCAGUCUGAAUAACAUCCCGUCGGACGGUAAACGGUCUGCUGUGAGAAGCACUGGUUCGGAGGGCGGCACUUCCCUGAACUGCUCUGUAAACGCUGUUGAUUUUAAGACCUUCAAAAGCACCUGGAAUGAGGAAGUGCAUAAAAACAGAGAAAAAUGGAAAGCGCAAGCUGCCAAAGAUUUGGAAGAGAAGGCCAAACAAGAAGAGAACGAGGAGAACGAUAAUAAAGCCGACACAGACACACAAAGCAGCGACAGCAAAGGCGAUAGUGCAAAAAAAGAAGACAAAAUCAACACAGACUCGAGUGUGAAAUCUCAAGACAAACGAAAGGAAGACACAAGAAAAGAAAAGGAUUCAAAGACAGAUCGAGAAGCUACAGGCGAUAACAAGGAGCCCACAGAACAACAACCCAGAGAGGAAGAGGGCAAUAAAGACCCAGGGGGGCUGAAUGGGGCUCAAACACCAGCGUCUGACGCCAAAGAGCCCGAGACCAGCAGUGACACAGACAACAGUCAGCGAGCACACAACGGGAACGAAGAACUGAAUUCACCUGACACUGACGACAGUGAAAGCAAGAGAUCUGACGACUCAGAAGACGAGCACAGUAACUGUGGGAUCUCCCCCUCUUCACUGGCAGACAGUGCAGCCGCUGCAUCUGCGCCUGAUGCAAACUAACAGCACUUCAAAUCCUGUACUAUGCUGUCACCUGGUGGUUAUUUUGAUUAUUCAUCUUUUGUUUCCCACAUCUUAAAAUCGGAUCUUUUUUUGUCUCUGAUGGAGUUUUUUUUCAUACUUUCUUUAGUUCAUCUGACUUUAAGGAUGUACAUCAGGUUUUGGUUCAGAGAUACACAAAAUCAUUCGAGAACUGAGACUUUGGAUGUACAAAAGGUCACGCAUAGUGCCACGGUAGCUUUUGGAAACUCUUGUCACCGAAGCCACACGCAUGAGGAUGAAAUGUGUCCCUUGUCAAGUCGAUGGAGACCGACCCCCAGAUGACGUUCUUCCCUCGGGGACAACGCGACAUCUGCCGACCGCUCAAGCGCCAAACCUGCACAGACAGCGAACGGAGAACUUCAAAGAACUUCAGUCCCUCAGAGCGCUCAUGCAACCACAUCACCUUCAACGGGCCGUCGUUACCACGUCCAAAGAAUGUCUGCAGUUUGUUUACCUCUUAUUUUUAUUUGUGUUAGUCGUAAAGUUGAUGUUGCUGUCGUCCGUGUAUGAUACUGUACAGUUAACAGUGUGUGUGUCUUCUGUACAUAUGCUUUCAGGAGCUUCUUCAUAUCGAACCAUGUAUGUGAUUGAGGGUUUGAUCGUUAGUUUAACGGCCCAUAAUCCUUUGCCAGUAUCCUUGCCAAUGUCACUUUGAUAGAAGAUUUUUUUUUCACUGAUUCAGUGCAGUUCUGUCACAAUAUGCUGUAAUUUUGACAAACUGUUCAAAUGUUGUCGUCAUAUGUGUACACUACCAGUCAAAAGUUUUUGAACAGUAAGAUUUUUAAAUGUUUUUUAAAGAAAUCUCUUCUGCUCACCCAGCUUGCAUUUAUUUGAUAUAAAAUACAGCAAAAACUGUACUAUUGUGAAAUAUUUUUACUAUUUAAAAGAACUGAUUUCUAUUUAAAUAUAUUUUAAAAUGUAAUUUAUUAUUGUGAUCAAAGCUACAUUUUCAGCAUCAUUACUCCAGUCUUUAGUGUCACAUGAUUUUUCAGAAAUCAUUCUAAUAUGCGGAUUUGCUGUUCAAGAAACAUUUUAUUAUUAUUAUUGAUAUUUAAACAGUUGAGUACAUUUUUUUAGGAUUUUUUGAUGAACUGAAAGAUCGAAAUAUCAGCAUUUAUCUGAAAUAACAAAAGUUUUUGUAACAUGUUACACUGUACCAUUUAAAAGCUUGGAAGAAAUAAUAGAAAUUAAUAUUUUCAUGUGGCAAGUAUGCUGUAAAUUGAUUAAAAGUGAUGAUAUAGACAUUUAUAAUGUUACAAAAAUUUAUAUUGCAGAUAAACGCUGUUCUUUGGAACUUUCUGUUCAUCAAAGAAACCUGAAGAAAAAAUCUACUCAGCUGUUUUCAACAUAAUAAUAAUAAAAAAUGUUUUUGAGCAGAAAAUCAGAAUAUUAGGAUGUUUUCUGAAGGAUCAUGUGACUGGAGUAAUGAUGGUAAAAAUUCAACUUUGAAAUCACAGGAAUAAAUUACAUUUUAAAACAGUUAUUUUAAAUAGUAAAAAUAUUUCAAAAUGUUACUUUUUUUGCUGUACUUUGGAUCAAAUAAAUGCAGGCUUGGUGAGCUUUAAAAAACAUUAAAAAUCUUACUGUUCAAAAACUUUUGAUUGGUACUGUAUCUGCGACUGCUGGAUAUUGUGUAAUUACAAAGAAAAUGAAUGAAUAUUCAAUGGGAUCCAGAAGUCUGAGGCCACAUUGAAAAUGUUUUUUUGUUUUGUUUUGUUUUUGGGGUUUUUUUAUUUUUAUAUUUUAAUAUAUCAAAAUACAUGUGUUGUGAUGUAAAAUGAGAAGUAAAUUAGUAAUGUACAUUUUUUUUACUUUUUCACUCGAGUUGAAAUUUAAAAACUAAAAUUAAUAUAUCUUCUUUUAUUAAAUUGGAAAAACACUAAAAUAGUCUCAGAUUUCUGAACCCCACUAUAUAUUAUUAAAGGAAUUCAGCAUUACAUCACUUGCUCACCAGUAGAUGCUUUGCAGUGAAUGGGUGCCGUCAGAAUGAGAGUCCAAACAGCUGAUAAAAACAUCACAAUAAUCCGCCCAACUCCAGUCCAUCCAUUAAGGUCUUGUGAGGCAAAAAACUGCAUGUUUGUAAGAAUUAAAUCAUUUUUAAGGCAUUUUAACUGUAAUUCUCAAUCUGACGGCACCCAUUUACUGCAGAGAAUCCACUGGUGAGCCAGUGAUGCAAUGCUACACUGCCAGUCAAAAGUUUUUGAACAGUAAGAUUUUUAAUGUUUUUUAAAGAAGUCUAUUCUGCUCACCAAGCCUGCAUUUAUUUGAUCCAAAGUACAGCAAAAACAGUCAUAUUUUUGUCAAUUUCAGUCUGUUGUUAUUAGAUAUUGAUUAUCAGCAUAUUACAAUGAUUUCUGGAGGAUCAUGUGACACUAAAGACUGGAGUAAUGAUGCUGAAAAUUCAGCUUUGCAUCAUAGGAAUAAAUUUCAUUUUAAAAUAUAUUCAAAUAAAAAGCAGCUAUUUUAAAUAGUAAAAAUAUGUAAACAUUUUUACUGAUUUUGCUGUAUUUUGGAUCAAUUAAAUGCAGACUUGGUGACCACAAGAGACUUCUUUAAAAAAAACAUUAAAAAUCUUUUGACUGGUAGUGUACAUUUUUCAAAAUCUGUUCAGAUUAUGAAAGAAACUCAUCUACAUCUUAGAUGGCCUGAGGGUGGGUAAAUUUUUAGCAAAUGUUUGUGAACUGUUCCUUUAAAAUGAAUGAAGGCACAUCUGCCCUUUCAAAUAACAAAUUAUAUCUGAUUAUCUAUGUUGUUAUGAGCCAAAUCUGAUGGGCCAAUUUUUCUCUUAAACAUCAUCAGCUCUUCAAGACCUUAAAAUGUAGUAAAUGUAGUUAUUUCGACAUUAGGUUGUAUUUGGAAUUUUCUUCUAUUUUUGUAUUUAAUGUAUAUAAAAGAUUAUAUUAUUUAAAAAGUGUUUAUAGGGAAAUUUGGUAUGAACAAUGAACAAUAUAGAUUAAUUGUAGGAAGGUGUACUAUUCAUGCAUACUCAAAUCUCUAAGAGAAUAAUGACAGAUAAAAACAUCUUAUUUUUGUUUUACAAUCUGGUAAAUGAAAUAGAUUAAAGUACAUUUUAGCACAAGCAUCUUGAUCUGAAGUGCUUCGUGCUAAUAUUACACUUUAGUACACUGUCCUAGCGAGGUAUUUAUGUCCCUGUCUGUGCCGUUCAUCUUCUCAGAGUAUAAUGCACCUCUUCAUGUGAACCUUUUCAUACAUAAAUUGUAAAAUGUAGAAAACUAAAAAAAAAAAAAUGUCUUGUAAAUAGGCUGUUAUAAAUAGGCAGCAAAAUCCUGUGUAAAUGUCUCUGUUGCCUCAACCAAAGAUGAUUAUAAUGUCUGUACGUCAUUUAUCUGGAGGUCAUCGCAAGCCAUCAUUCAUGCAUACUUCUUAUGAGUCAUUGGUUAGAAUGAAAGCAAGGAAGAAAGAUAAAGAAGAAAUAAGCAUUGUUGCCUUAAAUCUAUUAUUGAUUACAAAUCCUUGAAUUAUUCUCUGUUGUUAUUCAUCUUCCUGUUUAGUCGUCAUCCUCUGACUCUGUCCUGAGUCAUGUUUCUUUCUAUUUACGUGCUUAUGUCAACGUUUUCUUCAUAUCUGAGAGACAUUGAAGUGUUUUUAUAAUUUUUUAUUUUUCUGGAGAGUUCAGUCAGAUGUGAAUGUCAGCAUGUUGCUUUUCUCAGCUGUGAGGCUGAACUUUGUAAAGCUCAUUUGAUUGGUUGAUACCAGGGUUGCCAGGUUUUCAAAACAAAACCUGCCCAAUUGCUACUCAAAACUAGGGCUGUUCGAUUCCGAAAAUUCCGAUUCCGAUUCCUGGUUCUGACAUCGAUGAGAUUCGAUUCCAAGAAUCCAUUCCUCGAUUCUUGUUUUUUUUUUUCCAUUUCGAGGGGGUUCCCUUGAUAAAAAUCACAUUUGGCGUAAAAUAAAAAUUUUUUUGGUGGGUUCCCCUGGUAAAAUUCGCAUUCCAGGGGAUAAAUAUCACGUUUUUUUGGGUCGCUUCAAACCGCUGACGUGAAAAACAACCCGCGGCAGCAGGGUUAAAGUCUCCCGUUAAAGUAGACUUGGCAACACUGGUUGAUACUAUGCCAUUAUAAAAUGUAAUAUCAUUUUGUUUUAUUUAUUUUGUGUUUAAUAACCAUCUCCUAUUAAAUUUCCACAUGCAGAGCAGAGUUGGUAACUUCAAAUAAUCAGUAUCUUCCAGCAAAACAUCUAAACAUUCUUAAAACAAGCCAUAUCCACCUUAUUUUUGCUUUAAGAGUGGGCAUGGUCAUUUGUAAAUGUAACGAGUCUGGCUUCCGGUCUCAUCCGCCUCCAGAUAUUUUUGUAGCUGUACAAAACAGUUAUUUUGCUGCUUGAUGUUGAAAAUUGUUGAGUCGUACUGUGUUAUUUUUAUGUAUUACCUUGAUUCUUCUCGUUAUUUUCCUAUCAACCUUAUUUUUGAAUGCGGAAGUAAGCCGUUUUCUGGCAAGUUUGCCAGACUUCCGGUUCGUUAACCGUUGUGGGGAAGUCGCGAGAAGAAUAACAGUGCGGUAAACGGUAAACUGUUUGCACUACAAACCAGCGCGUUCAUAAUUAAGAUAAUACGUUAAAAUGAUAUGGUAAGACACGUCAGUUUGCAAUAUCAAGCUGCAAAACGAGGUAUUUUGUACAGCUGGAAGCAAACCGGAAGCCAGACACGUUAAAUUUAUAAAUGGCCUCGCCCACUCUUAGGAGAAAAAUAAUAAAGUGUGGAUACUGUUGCCUAUUGUAAACUUUAUGAAUUAAAAGAAGAAAGAGUGUCAAUUCAAAAUACGUUCUCUGAAAACAAAACCUGACCAGGUAAUUAUAUCUUCGUUUUAAGAAUGUUUUGAUAUAAAACGACAUAAUACUGAUUAAGAAACCCAUGUUUGUUGCCUCAAAUCUUGAAAUUUCAGCAAAGCUCUCUUUUUAACCUCAUGUUUAGCACGUUAGGCUGAGAAUGUGAAAUUAUGUAAGUGAAAUGCUGUACAUUAUAGAAUAUUGAAGUUGAGUAAAUACGGCACAGUGAGAUUCUGCCUUAAUACGUGUGUUUAGUUCUGCUGUGUAGUAACUGUCAUGUGUUCGGCUCAGUUGAGUACAUAUACGUGUUUGCCAGGAAACCUCGAUGUCAAAACUAAGCUAUUUUUUUUUUUUUUCUUUUUUUUGGUUUGAAAUCCUCAUGUACAGCGGAUCCUCUCCGGCAUUCAAACACAAACCGAUUUCUGAGAUCAGCAGUGCACUAGCAGUAUAAAUCAUGUAGUGCUGUUCUGCCAUCUGUUGGCUAUCUAGUGUACUGGAGUCAAACAUAUUUUGUUUUGAUUAUCUUUUUAUUACAUCCCAUAGUAUUUGUCAUGAGAUUGUUUUAAUUUUUUCUACAUUAAUUUCUGUUGAUGCAUUCGUUAUUUUUUAUUUCAAAAAAGAAAAAAAAAAUCACAAGGCAGGUGUGGUCAUGUGAUCAUGCUUGUUUUCGAUGCUCCUUAAUUGCACUUUUGUGACAAUAAAUCUUUACUCAAAGGGCUCA